AGAAAAUAAAAUGUCAAAUUUAACUAUAGUUUCAGCACCCGGUAAAGUGCUUUUAACAGGAGGUUAUCUCAUAUUAGAUAGAAAGUAUAAUGGAAUAGUUGUUGGAACAAGUGCGAGAUUUUAUACCGUUAUUUUUUCAGGGAACAAUGGAAAAAUUUCUGUUCAUUCACCACAAUUUAUUGAUGGAGAAUGGGAAUAUCGACCAAGUUUGAAGAGUUUUUACAAUGAUGAGGGUUUUUUUUCUUGUGAACUUGAAUCCACUAAUCCGGAAAGACAUAAUUCAUUUGUUGAAAUUGCUAUUAAAUAUUCUUUAUUGAUUAUUUCACGAAGAAAAAACGAACAACAAUUUAAAGAAAUAGUUACUAAAGGAUUAGAAAUAUAUAUAGUUGGUGAUAACGAUUUUUAUUCGCAACGCGAACAGUUAAGAAAAUUAAAUUUACCACUUACAUUAUCGUCACUAAAAUCUUUAGAACCAUUUUGUAAAGUACAUUGUACAUUAAAAAAAGUUAAUAAAACUGGAUUGGGAUCAUCAGCAGCAUUAAUUACAUCACUUGUAUCAGCACUCUUUGUUCAUUUUGAAAUAGUUUCAAAUAAAAUAAACGAAAUAACAAAUAAUGAUCGAAAAUUAAUUCAUAAUAUAGCACAAUUUUGUCAUUGUUUAGCACAAGGAAAAGUUGGUAGUGGAUUUGAUGUUUCAGCUGCUGUUUGGGGAAGUCAUAUUUAUAAAAGAUUCUCUCCAAACAUUUUGGAAAAUGUUAUGGAUCAAAACGUUGAUAUAUCAAUUCUUAAUAAUAUUGUUGAUCCAGCUUCAAGUAAAUGGGAUAAUCAGGUAACAAGUUUUUCGCUUCCGCAUGGAUUUAAGUUAAUAUUAGCGGAUAUAGAUGCAGGUUCACAUACUCCAAGUAUGGUUGGAAAAGUAUUGAAGUGGCGUAAAGAGAAUUCUGACCAAGCAAAUACAUUAUGGGAUACACUUACAUCUCAUAAUACAACUGUAUCAAAUAAUUUAAGAGAAUUAACUAAGAAUCAUGAACAAGAUGAAGAAUUAUAUCUUAAUGCUAUUAAGAUUUGUGAAAGUGUGAAAGCUUCUGAGUGGGCUUUACUUGCGGAACAAAAUCCAAACAAUAAUAAUGUUACUCUUUUUUCUUCUACUUUUAAUACUUUUCAAAAAAUUCGAGAAUUAUUACGUGAAAUGUCCGAAUUAUCUCGAGUACCAAUUGAACCCCCUAAACAAACAAAAUUACUUGAUGCUUGUAAUGAAAUACCUGGUAUAAUCAUGGCGGGUGUUCCUGGAGCUGGAGGAUAUGAUGCAAUAUUUUGUAUUGGUCUGGGUAAUACAUUCAGUUCACAAAUAGAGAAACUUUGGAAUUCAUGGGAGGAAAUGAGCGUUGGACCUUUACUCUCUAGAGAAUCUUCAAAAGGAUACAUGAUCGAGCAAAUUAAUAAUAUUCCUGGAUUAUCGGAAUGCCUAAAUCUUUGAUUUUAUUAUAUAUCAUGAGAUUCGCAAAAUAUGAGAGAUUUAAACUGACGAACAAAUUAAAUAAAUUUGGUCAAAAUUUUCUCUUAAUUCACAUGAUAAUUUGCCCCGGUUUAUAAUUA